GGCCGUCAGGGGGAGCGUUAGUGUGGCGGCAGCUGGAGCGAUGUUGAUCUGUCGGGUGGAGCUUCCUGGGACGAGCCUGGCCAGCGAGAACAAGAUUUAUAUCACAGAUGAGUUUGCCCCCCCGCAGGACGGACCCGGGCGUUACCUCGCGCUGCUCGUCUCCUUCGCGCUCGUGUGCGUCGCCGCCUCCCUGCUCUUCAUCGUACCGCUGCGGACGAUCGUGAAGCUGCGAUCUUCAGUGCAGCGUCUGGCAGCGCUCGUCAUCAGACUGAUCACACGGCAGAGCACGGCGCCGGACGAUGAACCGCGUCUGGGAGAGUACGGGGACAUCCUCAGAGUGGAAACUACAGGAGCGUCUGAACACACGGCGAGGGCCAUCGAGCAGCUCUACAGAGGAGUUUCUGGAGUGGAAGCCUCCAACAGGCUGGCAGAGAGAGACCUGACGGAGGUGCUGAUGUUCAGAGACAUGAUCGUUAGCGUGGGAAACACACUCAGCAUCCGCCCCGCUCUGAUCGCCGCCAUCAUCUCCAGACAGUCUCGUGCCGGGAUCGACCUGAACAGGGACGGCUACGGAGCGACCGACCCCGACUGCUUCGGCCUCAUGCAGAUCAAUAAGCAUUACCACGCGGUGAAGGGGAACGCGUACAGCAGGGAGCACGUGGACCAGGGAGUCACCUUCUUCAUCCAGCUCUGCAAGACCAUGAAGAGGACGAAGCCACGCUGGAACAGAGAGCAGCAGCUGAAGGCUGCGUUGGCGUGUUACGUCGCGGGCGAGGAGCGGGUCAUCCCUCUGGCGUAUGACGAGCUGGACAGCGUGACGCCAUAUGGCGACUUCGCCAACGACGUGGUCGCCAGAGCGCAGUGGUUCGCCCUCCACGGCUUCUGAGCGUCUCAUCUGUUUCUUCUUCUGCAGCCCGUACAGGUUGCUUACUUCCUGUUCACUUCCUGUUACUAAACAUCGUUCAGAGGGGAAAGUGUUCUCCCUCCACAGCUCUCGUAUAAUAAUGAGUGCACUGAAUAUUUACAGUAUUAACCUAAAAGACUGAAGUAUUAAUAUUAAAGUAAUGUUAUUGAUGGUUUAUUA